AUGUCUACUCCCAUGGAAAGGAUUUUUUCUCAUUUGUUCCGAUCACAUCGAAAUCGCAAAAACCAAAGUUUUCACUAUUUUUAUCUCAUCAAUGAGGAUGAAAUUAACAGACUACAAUUCCAGCAUUACGUUUAUCAACAAGUAUGGGGAAGCAAUUUUUCUGCUCCCGUAACAGAAUUAUUGAAAACCGAUGGCACAAGAAUCCUUGAUGUUGGAUGUGGUCCCGCAACGUGGUUAUUAGAGGUGGCGACGGAGUACAAAAAGUCAAAGUUUACAGGUGUUGACAUUAAGCCUAUUUAUCCAAUUCACACAAAACCGUGCAAUGUCGAAUUUGUUCAGACUGAGGAACUGACUCGUUUACCAUUUGAAGAUAACACAUUUGAUUACGUAUUCUGCAGAGCGAUGAUGUUCGCUUUUAAGAUUACAGACUGGGAGAUUGCCAUAAAAGAAAUUUGUCGGGUUUGUAAAGUUGGUGGUUAUGUUGAAUUCAUGGAAAAAGAUAUUGUUAUUGAAAAUGAAAGAGAGUUCACGAAAAAACUAAGAUUUCGACUUAUAGAAGAAUUGGUGAAAAAGAAUGUUGAGCCGAUAAUUUCACCAAAAAUUAAAGAUUACAUAAAUAAAACAAACCAAUUUACAAGUAUAAAACAUGAAGAAAAAACAGUUACGAUAGGUGGGGCCGAUAGACUUAGCAAGGAAUACAAAGAAUUAUUUACGUGGGGGGCUAAAAAUUUGAAGGAAGCAAUGAAAAAAUCCGGUUUUAAUUUGGAAUCGGAUUCAAUUGAGAAAAGCAUAAAGGAAAUAACUGACAAUUAUGGUUGUGAUAAAAUUCAUCGAAUAUGGGCUAGAAAAGUUCCAAUGGUUAAGGCUUAUUAA